GGGGGUUCAAAGUGUGGGUGAGAACUGGAGUCUCUGGAAUGAUCUGACUUUGAAGUGUACCGAGGCGGUGUCAAUGGGAUACGAGCCAAGUCUGAACCAGGAUUGUCGGGUGAUGUUGUGAUAAAGCUUGCCUCCACGCUUCCAGUAGGUCAGAACUAUAAGAUCUACACAGACAACUACUUCACCUGUGUCCCAUUGGUAGUGAAGCUCCUUGAUCACGGGAUUCAUUAUGUGGGAAGAGCCAGGCAGGUGAGCUUACCCAAGUUGUGUGAGUCAAAGCAAAGCAAAGGCAGUUAUUUAUUAUAGUGUGACAGUGAAGAAACAUUUACAUUUCACAUUUAAAUCCCGCUCAUGAGCAAUUCAUUUGCCGUCUCGACGCGGGAGAGUGUGGCUGUCUCCUCUCUGCUCUGACUGCAGCUGAGCUGCUGCGGGAGGCAACUGUGAGUCUGAGCGCCUGUGAGUACUAUGGGAGGGCAGAGGGGCUCACGGCAGCACCCGCGGCUCGUUAACUACUGAACAAUAUGUGAGUCUCCAAACACCAGAAAAGUCCCUAAUAACACCAUUACAAGUCGUUAAAUUAGUCGUUAGUCGCUUUUGACAAAAAUAAGUAGCCGGAGGGUUUGGAAAGCCGCCGAAUUUAAUGAGAAAGUCGCCAAGUUGGCAACACUGAACCCAACUGCAACCUUGAAGAGGAGAAGAGCUUGAAGAAAAAAGGGAGAGGAAGCUUUGACAUCCGAGUGGAGACCAACCACAACAUCUGUGCUGUCAAAUGGUAUGACGCGGUCACACUUGUCUCAUCCUUUGCUGGACCACAGCCUGUGCACAACAUUCAACGCUGGGACAAAGCCAACAAAACCUACGUAGAAGUUGAGAGGCCUUCCAUUGUGGCUACGUACAACAAGUACAUGGGAGGUGUGAAUUUGUUGGACUCGUUUACGGCCAAAUAUAAGUUCCCCAUGAAGUCCCGACGCUGGUACGUGUACAUCUUCUGGCACACCAUCAUCCUUGCUGUGAUCAGCGCUCCUCUACAAGCGGGACUGCAGCGCUCUAAAGAUCGCAAAGCAGGAGAUCCUGAACAGGAGACAGUUUCAGGCAGAUCUAGCAUCCUCUCUCAUCCUGGUGAACACAACUCCCAUGAAUACACCAAAGAGAGGACGACCAUCCUCAGGGGCCCCAUCAAACGGGGCCCCAUCCAAGAGAUCACAGCCUCCACUGGAUGUACGGAAGGACCUAGUGGCACAUUGUCCAGUGAAGACCAAGAGAGGACGCUGCAGACACUGCAGUGGAGGAUAAAGAUGGCCGACUCCUGCUGCUCGUCUUGUAUCCGAUUGAAGAACAAAUGUCCCCGACCUCGAGGCCUCCUCAACCUCGUCAUCACGAAAGGGUGUGUGUUCGCCCUGCUCUUCGGGGUGGUGUGGUCUAUAACAGGAAGUGAGUGUUUACCUGGAGGAAACCUCUUUGGACUCGUGGUUCUGUUCCUCUGCUCGGUGCUCGGGGGGAAGCUGGUUGGUAUGAUCCAGCUGCCCACGCUCCCCCCCUUCCCUCCUCUACUUGGCAUGCUGCUGGCCGGCCUGCUGCUGCGUAACGUCCCGUACGUCACGGACGCCGUUUACAUCGACACUCACUGGUCUGCAGCGCUGAGGAACAUCGCGCUGGCAGUCAUCCUGACCCGAGCCGGACUGGGCCUGGACCCCUCGGCGUUGAGUCGUCUGAAGGCGGUGUGCGUGCGUCUGGCGGUCGGCCCCUGCGUGGUGGAGGCCUCUGUCGUGGCCGUGGUUUCUCACUUCCUGUUGGGGCUUCCCUGGGUGUGGGGCUUCAUCCUGGGUUUCGUCCUGGCUGCGGUGUCCCCGGCGGUCGUGGUCCCCUCCAUGUUGCUGCUGCAGAAGGAAGGAUUGGGCGUGGAGAAGGGAAUCCCAACCCUCCUGAUGGCUGCUGGGAGUUUUGACGAUAUUCUGGCCAUAACUGGGUUCUCCACCUGUCUGGGAAUCACCUUCUCCACAGGGGCCAUGUGGAUGAACAUCCUGAAGGGUCUGCUGGAGGUGGUGGGGGGGGUCGUAGCCGGGCUGAUCCUGGGUCUGUUCCUCUGCUGCUUCCCCAGCAACGACCAGGAGGACCUGGUUCUGACGAGGACUAUCCUGCUGUUGGGUCUCUCUAUAUUUUCGGUCUUCUUCAGCCACGUUAUUGGUUUUGCCGGAGCAGGCGGUCUCUCCACGCUGGUGCUGGCCUUUCUGGCUGCUCUGGGCUGGAAAACCGAAAAGGCUCCGGUGGCGGCCAUGGUGGGUCGGUCCUGGGAUGUUUUCCAGCCGCUUCUCUUUGGUCUGAUUGGAGCAGAGAUCAGAAUAGCAAGCCUGAGCCCGAGCACCGUGGGUCUGGGUCUGGCCUGCAUCAGCAUUGGUCUGGUGAUCCGUCUGCUCGUCACCUUCGCGCUGGUUCACUUCGCAGGAUUCAACCUGAAGGAGAAAAUCUUCAUCUCUGUGGCCUGGCUGCCAAAAGCCACCGUACAGGCUGCUAUUGGCUCCAAGGCGUUGGACAUGGCGAGGGAGGAGGGUGACGAGACCUUGAUUAAGUUUGGUUUGGACGUGCUAACGUUAGCCGUGUUAGCAAUCCUGGUAACAGCGCCCAUCGGAGCGCUUGGUAUCGGACUGGCAGGACCACGCCUCCUGGACCGACAGGUCAAAGAUGAUGCAGAAGGCGGAGCCACAGAUCAAGCCGCAACAUGAUUGGUCAAGAAAAAGUCAACACGGCCCCUCGAGAGCAGCUAUGAGGCCUCUGAUUGGACAAACUACAGAAAGCUAUUUUAUAUUUCUUAACUUCAAACCUUUUUCAGGUGCAUAUAUACUUGUAAACAUUUAUAUACUGUAUGUUACUUUCAUGCUAGCUUUUACUAGCUAUUUAAGCAUUAGCUUGGCUGUAUAUGACGCAACGACUGCAGAAGCUAAUUUAUUAACAUUUUCAAACCGACGACAAGUUAGUAACUAUCAAAAGAAGUUGUCAACAUAAGGAGAUACAAUGCAUAAACUGUUUUUAUAUGUAACACUUAGAUUUUUGGUAUAGUUACUAUUUAUCAGUUUUUGUUAUGAUUGUAUGUUGCAUAGACGUUCUUACGAAGUCUUGUACAAAGUUGUCCGACCACGCCUAAAGUCUGUUUCUCGUUUUCUCUUAUAUCAUUUAAACAUGGAGUUUAUUUUCAGAUAUUUUUAUUGACGUAGCACUCUCUUGUUCAUAUGAAAAGUUACCGAAAUAUUUGUAUGAUGAAUGAUAAAAGAUAAGGUGAGAGGCGUUCAAACCCAGCAUCCAAAAUUGGGUGUUUCAGACACUUUUUAACGAUCCAACAAGCACUCCUGUUGGUGUUAUAGGGCGCUAAUGGUAAUUAGCUGAGCAGGUACUUUAGUUAGCGGCUAACAAGUUGACAUUAUUUAAGCAUACAAUCAGUCAGAACUGGAUUAAUGAGGGAAUAUUUCACGUAGAAGCAGAAAUUAAUCAAUCUAAUCUAAUUCUAUUAAUUGCUUCCACUAUUAUUGUAAUUUUAAGAUAAUUUUCAAGAAUUAUUGUAAUAAACUGUGAUUUGUUUCAUGCUCUUUUUAUAAAAGCUUA